UAGGACUUCAAUACGCAACGCAACGUGUCCCUGUGCUGUUGACUGGGAAGCCCCUAGCGCGGAGCUGCCAACGCCCGGCGUACAGACACAAACAGAGGAGACGAUCUUGAAUGAGUAGCGAAGACUGUAAAACGCAGCUAUGCAGACCAUCAAGUGUGUUGUAGUUGGGGACGGUGCUGUGGGUAAAACAUGCCUGCUCAUCUCUUACACCACAAACAAGUUUCCCUCUGAAUAUGUACCUACGGUCUUUGAUAACUAUGCUGUUACUGUAAUGAUUGGAGGCGAGCCCUACACUCUGGGCUUGUUUGAUACAGCAGGUCAGGAAGACUACGACAGGUUACGACCUCUGAGUUAUCCCCAGACAGAUGUCUUCCUCGUCUGUUUCUCUGUUGUGUCCCCCUCCUCGUUUGAAAACGUUAAAGAAAAGUGGGUUCCAGAGAUCACCCAUCACUGUCCAAAGACCCCCUUCCUCCUAGUUGGGACGCAGAUUGACUUGCGGGAUGACCCCUCAACUAUAGAGAAGCUGGCCAAGAACAAGCAGAAGCCCAUCGGCCCGGAGACAGCCGAGAAGCUGGCGAGAGACCUCAAGGCUGUGAAAUAUGUGGAGUGCUCAGCCCUCACACAGCGAGGGCUGAAGAAUGUAUUUGACGAAGCUAUCCUAGCUGCCCUUGAGCCACCUGAGACGCAGGGAAAAGGGAAAUGCUGUAUAUUUUAAACUCUCUGUGCCACUUCUCUCAUGACUGCUCUUAUUCUCUCAUUCCUUUACCCCCUCUUUCUCCUUUCUUAUCUUCUCCUCUCCUCACUCUAUCUCUUUACAUGUGCUGCUUUUUUAACCUAGUCCCAAUCUCAGACAUCUAACCAGUCCAUCAUACUGAUAUUAGUCUUAUCCCCUGCCACUAACUACUACUGCAACUAAUCUGUGUUCUGGCCUCAUUCACUCUACUGCCUUUUUACACUUCAGUGACUUGUUGCCUGACCUCCAACUGCUGACAUUUAGUUUGUUUACUGUGGUAAUUAACUUCAUAUCUUAUUUCUGGACUGAUUUAUGUCCACUUAGUUUAAAUUGUAAAUCUUCUUGCAUUUUUAGUUUUCCUACUUCGGUCCGGUGCUUCAUUCAUGUGGCCCCUGGCCAGCAGUCAAACUGAAUCUUACAGAGGAUGCAGGAUGUAAUUUGGGAUGUAGCCAUUGUUUUAGUUUCUCUCCCUUCUAUCCUGGAGUAGUAGUGAAUGUGGGGGGUGGGUUCAGACCACGGCGAGGGGCAGUGGCUUCAAAUAGAAAAUGAUCUAUACACUAAACAGAGCUUCCAUUUCUAAUGCUAAUGUAUUUUUUGUACUACUAUUGAUCAAUCAAUCAAUCAAUCAAAUUUUAUUUGUAUAGCCCAUAUUCACAAAUCACAAUUUGUCUCAUAGGGCUUGAAGUGAUGUGGUGAUAAACACAGCGUAAGAGUAUGACUAUGGUUACAUAUACAGUGCACUCAUUCACGAUAAUAACAAAGCAACACCUGAUUUGUUUUUCAAAUUGUUUAAAAAGGAAAAACUGAAAUAUCACAUUGAUGGUAGUAUUCAGUUGUUUUGCUAUUACUUGAAAUUUGAGUCAGACACCUAUUUCUUUAGAUGUUUCUACAUCUUGAAUGAAAAUAAAUGAAAUAAGAAUUAAGAUAAAUGAUUGACUAAUGCUUUUGAAAAACACUCACUAUCUAUACAAGGUCUCACAGCUGAUGAAGUAUAUCAGAGCAAAAACCAAACCAUGAGGUUGAAGGAGCUACUACCUCCAGAGCUCAGAGACAGGAUUGUGUCGAGGCACAGAUCUGGGUUAAACUACAAAAACACUUUCUGCUGCAUUAAAGGUUAUUUUCUAAGAGCCUCAGUGUCCUCCAUCCACUCUUAAAUGGAAGACGUUUGGUUUAACCAGGAUUUAGACAAAUUUAGAGAUUGAGGGAUAAUAGUCUUGGUAAUAGACGAGGCCAAGAACCUGAUGGUCACUCUGGAUGUGAAAAGAGAAACGUACAGAAGAACAAGCAUCACUGUUGCACUCUUAUCAAUCUUGGCUUCUUGGCAGUGGUCACACAAAAGCAUCCAUACGGAGAGAUGCGUGAAAGCACCCAAAGGACAGAGAAUGGAGGGAUCAUUCCCAUUCCAAUACCACCCUAACGGUAAAGCAGCAUCAGAUUGCGUAGUAGUUGUUGGUGUUUUUUUCCAGCAGAAUCGGGGUUAAGGGAAGACUGAACAAGGUGCAGAGAUAUCCUUAAAGUAAACCUGGUCCAGAGACUGAGCUUGAAAGUCCAUUUUACAAUCAGCGAAUUGGAUUUAUAUCCCAAUCAACAUCUUUGAAAACAAUACUAGAGGAGACUUGAGGCUGUAAUCGCUGCAUAAAGUUCUUCAACUAAACACUGAGUUAAGGGUCUAAAUAUGUCAGUGUGAUAUUUGAUCUUUUCUUUGUAAAACAUUUGAAACACUCGAAGCAUAAGGCUGCAACAUAAAAAUGUGAAAAUAGUAAAGGGUUUCUAAAUACUUUGUGAAUGCACUGCAGGACUUUUAAAUGCUAAUGUCAGAUAGUGUGUUUGGCCAUUUCGUUAUUAUAACCACUAGAUGACAUCUUGUACUUUUUGGUACUAGAAUACUAUUGAUUUCCAAAUUGGUUCAUUUGGUUCAAGUUUCUUUUAAGAUUAAAUAUUCUAAAUACAAUGGUUUGUCUUAUUUGGCCCAAUGCUCUCUAUAUACGACAUCAACGUGCCAUCAACUGUGGUGCAUAUCCUGCCUUGUUAGAAGUCCAGAUAAUAUAAAAGCUAUGAUUGUGUGAAAUGACCUGUAUAACAAAUUAAUAAAGGACAGAUGAACUUGC